AUGGAGACAACCACUCGUCCGGUCCAGAAAUCCCUCGGUGCCCUCGGUUCCAUCCAGGGUCUUACCAUCAGUUCGAACUCUCAAGAUCUAUGUCACUACUUUGGCGCUGUCCGCUAUGCUCUUCCGCCAUUGCAGCGUUGGCGUCGGGCGCGUCGGCUUUCUGCAUCAUUCAGAUAUGGGACGCCGCAGGCACCGAGUCAGUGUGAUAAGGGUGCCGGCUUGUGUCCACAGCCCGCGUUCGAGCCUCUUGUGCCGGAGAACCCAGACGCAUGGACUGAAGAUUGCUUCCAGUCCAAUAUAUGGGUACCAACAGGCUCGCCGCCAAAAGGAGGAUGGCCUGUAUUCGUAUUUAUCCACGGCGGCUGGCUUCAAUUUGGCUCACCGAACGGCUUCAAUGCGGCUGCUCUUCUAGGUGAGACAGACUUCAAAGCUGUGCUUGUGCUACCUGCCUACCGUGUCAAUCUGUUUGGCUUCCUACACUCGUCCGAACUGGAGCAGGACGCCGCGGCGGUUGGCGAGACAGUCGGUAACCACGGCUUCUGGGACCAGAGACUUGCACUCGAGUGGACGAAGGAAAACAUCCACCUCUUCGGCGGUAAUGCCUCAAACAUCACGAUCUCGGGCUACUCAGCUGGCGCAAACUCAGUCUUCCACCAGCUCGCCUAUGACCUCCGCCAACCGGAUGAUCAGAUCAUCGUCCGCCAAGCAAUAAUGCUCUCCAAUUCACCGGCCGUGCAACCAAAGAGGCCAGCAGAAACUCAAAUCCAAUUCAACCAACUCCUAGAAGCACUAUCAAUCCCACAAACCCUCAGCGGGCCCGAGAAACUCGCUCGUCUCCGCGCCCUACCGCCCAGAACCCUCCUCGACGCAACAAAGACCAUCGAAGUGCACCAAUUCCGUCCAGCAACAGAUGGAGGCUUCAUUUUGCCUUCCCUCUUCGCUUCCCUUGACAAGGGCGACUUCGCCGCCAAGCUCGUCUCCCGGAAUAUCCGACUGAUGCUGGGCGAAUGCAGCGAGGAGUCCCACCUGUAUGCUAUCUGGUUCCCUCCCAAGGCGAAUACCCUUUCCGCACUACGGACUCGACUCAUUGCCGAUUACCCCGAACACGUCGUCGACACGGUCCUGCCAUUACAUUAUCCGACCGGCCAGCUGCCUGCGGGAUGUAAGAAUUGGGACGUGGACGCGUGGGGCCAGAUCUAUGCCGAUAUGCAGGUGUAUCAGAUGCAGCGGGGACUUAUCCACGCUCUAACCUCGAACAAAGCCGGUGUCGACGCGAGUCAUCUGAUAUACCGAUACCGGAUCGAGUUCAUGGCCUCGUGCAUGGCGGCUAAAAUGCCCGCUGAAUGGGGUGUGACGCAUUCUUCGGAUUAUCCGCUAUGGUUCUGGGGUAAUGGGGAUGUUUUGACGGAGUCUGAGAAGAAGGUUACUCACAAUGCGUUUAUUGGGCCGUUGGCGCGAUUUGUGCAGAAUGAUAGACAGGUCGAUUUUGGGUGGGGGACUAGUGGGUUUGACGUGCGGACGAUGAGGGUCGAUGGAAAGGUGGAAAUUACUCGCGAUUCGAGGUGGGAGGAGGGUGUCAGGGUUUGGAAGGCUGUCAGGGCGGCGGAUUUGGGGCAGGCGACGCCGAAGUUGUAA